AUGGCUAAAGCUGAUAUGGCUGACAUGGAUAUCCCUUCUUUUCUGGAUGUAGUAGUUCAAAAGGAUGUUCCUGUCUCCAUCAUCUACUCUGGAGUGUUUGGUGAUAUAAACAGGAAAGCUUUAGCUACAGGAUUGUGUUAUUUCCUUAAGGAGCCUAUCACUCCCAAUGAUCUUCAAUAUCUCUGGCAACAUGUGUAUCACUCAAGACCCUAUUCACCCACAAACACUCAAAAUGCAGACUUCCAUGCAAAGGGAUUACAGAAUACCCAGAUGAAACAGGCGACAAACGCCCAAUGCCAGGAUCUUGGAGCAAAAAACGGAAGAAGCGAUGCUGAUACAUUAGGCAAAGAAAAAGGAAAGAAAACCCUCAAGAACACAAUGCCAACCACAAAGUGCAAAGGUCCCAAAACAUAUGGAAAAAGAAAGCAUGAUGAUUAUGCAUUCAAGAAAAAAGAAAAGAGAGAUGUUGUGCAGGAAAAGCCAGAUUGGUCGGGAUCAGCCAAGAUGAACAUUAACAACCUCAAUGAAUAUUUCAGAAUGUCUGAGCACAAAAAACGUUUGAGUGUUUGGACUCCUGAAUUGCAUCAAAAGUUUUUAGAAGCAGUGAAAGAAUUAGGAGACAACAUUGCUCGUCCAAAACAGAUAUUAGUUCUGAUGAAUGUCAGUGAGCCUCACCUCACUGCUCGCCAAGUUGCAAGUCAUCUGCAGAAAUACAGAUUGCGUUUGAAAGGUGAAGAGAGAUCUCUCAAUUCUGAUUUGCCUAGAAGCAUAAAAAGAGCAUUUGAUCCAGGUCUCCCAGCACCAAACGUUUUCUUGAAUGUGAACCAUAAUCAAGAUCAGAUUUCAGUGAACAGCUUGGGAAUGGAAUUCACAGGUGCUUCAAUGGAUUCAAACAUACCUGGAACUGAUUUGUGUGAUUUCGUAGAAACGUUUCUGGAAGACUCUGACUGUUUCAAUUUGUAUAAAUAUGAAACCAAUCCUGCUGCUGUCGAUCAAUGUGCUGAGAUGCUAAGAAAUAUUCUAGAAGGAAGGGGUUCCUCUUAA